UGGAAGAUGGGUGAUGUAGAGGCUAUUUCCGAGAUCGUUGCUGAGCUCCACAAGCAGACCGAUACGAUCAAGGCCGAGAAGAGCGCCGCUGAGGAAACCAUCAAGGAGCUUCAAGGUGCGCGUAUCAAGUUCGAAGCCAAGAGGACCGAAAUCCAGCGCUACAUUCGUGCACGACAGGACAAGGACUACGCGGUGAAGAUGCGUGGUCACCACCUCGCGCCGGAACACGCGGAGCUCCAGCGUCAGUUGAGGAAGAGUACGCAG